GCACCUUUUAUAUUUCACAACCUGAGAAGCAUAAGCACUUCACAAGUGAGAGUGUGAGCGGUCAAGAUACGACCUCUAAAGAUCAAGAAACAACAAACAGAAAACUUUUUUUUGUACAUCUCUGGAGCUUUUUGGACAUAUUUUAAAAUCAGACCCACCAACAGGAAAGGAUGUCCUUACAUGGUAGCUUUCUGUCUGACGAGCAGUUCCUGUGCUCGAUCUGCCUCGAUGUGUUCACUAACCCUUCGUCCACACCAUGCGGCCACAGCUUCUGCAUGAGCUGCAUCAGCAGAUACUGGGACGGAUCUAAGGUUUGCCAGUGUCCUCUGUGUAAGAAGACCUUCCAGAAGCGACCAGACCUCCAGAUCAACAGGACGCUGCGAGAGAUCACAGAGCAGUUCAGAUCCAUGAGAGGAGGGGGAGGAGUGGGGAGGGAGAAGAGAGGGGGAAGAGGAAGAGGAAGAGACGGAGGCAUAAAAUAUGAUUUAUUUCAUGAACUGAAGAAGAAGCUGCCUCGAUCUCUGCCAAAAGCAUCAGUGACGCAGCCCUGUGAGGCUCAAGUCACGACCUCACUGGCUUCUUCGGUACCAAACCACAGUCCAAUUGCUGCCCUGAACCACAACUCCGGACCUCCUCCGCCGCCUACCCAUUCCUCCUGCUCCAGCGGCCGGAGAAGGUUCACCGUGAGUGGCGCUGCAAGCAGCCACACCUUACCUGUCUGUGAGAUCCACCGCAGAGGAUUAGUGAUUUACUGUAAGACUGACCAAGUAUGUAUCUGUCCUGAAUGUGAGACUGAGGACCAUCCGGAUCACGACACGGUGACUGUCGAAGCCGAAUGGAUGGAAACCAAGGUCCAACUAAGUGUGUCGGAGCAGGAGAUCCAGGAAAUGAUCAGAGAGAGAACCAGGAAGAUCGAGGAGAUCAGAAAGUCAGUGACUGAACUGGAGCUGACGGUGGAGCGAGAGACGGCGGGCAGCGUUUGCCUGUUUUCUGCUAUGGUGUCUGCCAUUGAGCACUCCCAGGGAGAACUGAUGGAGGUGAUGGAGAUGAGCCGGAGGGCGGCCAAGCACCAGGCUGACGCCGUUAUACGACAGUUGGAGCUGGAGGUUGAAGAACUGCACAGGAGAGAAAACGCCCUUGCCGAGCUCGCCCAAUCAGAAGACUACAUACACUGUGUCAAGACAUUCCCCAUCCUCUCCAGUCCUCCACCUGCCAAAGACUGGUCUGGAGUGUCAGUAAACUCUGACCUGGGAACAGGGACCAUCUACAGGUCGCUGGCAGCUCAGAUGGAGAGGUUCCAGGAAGAGCUAAAGAAUAUUGCAGAAACAGGUUUUCCUGCCUCAGUACUGGAACCCAGUCCAGUCCGCACACAGCCCAGGAUGAAGAGGGUACAGGAGUAUGCAGUGGAUGUGACUCUGGACUCCAACACGGCCCAUCCCAGGCUGAUUAUGUCAGAGGACAUGAAGAGUGUGAGGUGCGCAGAACGACACCAGCUGCUUCCAGACAAUCCAGAGAGGUUUGACAGAGUCGUCUGUGUCUUGGGGAGGGAGACCAUAUCCUCUGGGAGACACUACUGGGAGAUGUCUACUUCCUGUGAACAGGUGGAGGUGGGUGGGAAGACAGACUGGGAUCUGGGGGUGGCCAGAAAAUCAAUCAACAGGAAGGGGAAGAUUGAGGUUACCCCAAGCAACGGGUACUGGUUCCUCAGCCUAAGAGACAAGAACAAGUAUGCCUUUCGCUCUGAACCCUCCACAGAUGUCCAUCUGAACCUCAAACCACAUAAAAUUGGGAUAUUUGUGGACUUUGAGAAAGGACAGGUGUCUUUCUACAACGUUGAUGCUAAAAUCCACAUCUACACUUUCAAUGACACUUUCGGCGAAUGCAUCUACCCGUUCUUCAGCCCCUGCACUAAUAAAUCUGGAAAGAAUGACAGCCCGCUGAUUAUCACACCAGUAAACAUGAAAGAGUGACAGAACAACACCUGAAAGUUAUUUGUUGUUUCUUCUUCUCUUUUUAAAAUGCCUACUCAUGCAUUUAGUUGCUCUGUAAAACAAGAAAUUCUGGUCUUUAAAAAAAAUCUAUAUAAAUAUUCAUUGUUGGCUUCUUAAAGGUUCUGUGUUUAACUUUCAGAAAAUCCUUGUUAAUAGUGACACCAGUGGCCGUUAAGUUAACUACAGUCAGCAUCCUGUUGCUCAUCAUCCUGGGACUGCCCAGGACAGUGAUGCUGAAAUGAACACUGAAUGCUGGAAAAUUUUGUAUUUAUAACAAUUUAUAUAACAAUUUGUAUCAUAUUUAGAAUAAUGUUACUAUCUGUAAUGUCCCUAUUUGGACCAUUAGCUCCAUAAUAUUAACUAGCUUGCCGUUUGCAUCACCCCAUCAGCCAACGCCACGAAGCAACCAACACCAGACCCACACCGUGCAGCCAAGCCACAUCCAGCCGGCUAACCCUAGCUUAGUUUAGGGUACAGUUAGGUAUUUGGCCGCCCCUGCCUUGCAACGCUCUUGGCUAGUACACUGUGUACACUAUGUACUGACUAGUGCGUAGUACUUGAAUUUCGUCACGGUAGUGUUGUCUCAAAUCGAACACGGCUGUUGUGCACUUACUGGAAAUGAAAUCGCAACAAUUGACUGCUUCUUCGUCUUCUUUUUAAUGGUAAAUUGCAACCGUUCGUGGUACCAAAUCAUUACAGACUAAAUUAACCCAAUAAACAUACUGAUGGCUUGUAUCUGACAACAGUAUAGUGGUACAUGGUGGAAAAAACACAUGUAUAACUCACAUUUUUAUAGCGCUGUGUUCACCGGAGCAACUGCAACCGCUCCCCUUCCACUAUGAUGGCGACCAAGAUGGCGACCAUUGAGGGUCAGAAGUGUCCUGCAUUCCACACUCAACUUUUUGACUGUUAUGAGUACAUCAUCCGGGUACUUGUAGUGUACAGCAUUUUGCCAUAAAUGUCAGUCUGAAUGCACUUAUGCACUCAAAAUAGUAAGUGUAAGUAUGGAAGUAUGCAAAUUGAGACACAGUCAUAGUAUUUUGCUAGCGACAUUAGCGAGCAAGCAAGCUAAGCUUAGCUAGCCAGCUGCAACUCAGCCACAUUGCAUGGAUCCAGCGCAGGCUGCUCUGCAAUGCCAUCUGAUUAAGCAACCUGCAAACAGCAAGCUAGCCAAUCUAUCAGCCAGAUCAGCCCUGGGAUUCUGGAUGAAUUGGCUAACGUUAUCCACUCAAGACAGUAUUUUGCUACGUUUGCUAUCUAGCAAUUCGUCCGCGUUAACAAGCAAGCUAACGUUAGCUAACAUUAGCCAGCUGAAACCACAAUAUCACAGUAUAUUUCACAUGCUUUGCAGUAAUGUUAGCUUUGACUUUGGACUUUGUGUGGGACUCUGUGUUGUGGUGGGUGCCGGUCAUUUGUUGACCUUAGCGAGCUCCAUUUCUAAGCUAACGUUAGCUAGUAUUAGUAGCACACUGUUGGCGCUGUAGGAGACCAGAGGAGAAAUCACUCGGGAGCGCGCAUAAAGGUCACAUCCUUUGGAUUUUACCGGAAAAAAAACGUCCCGAGUCCUUUACAUAGAAAUUAGUCCACAGGCUGUUAUAGGCAACGUUGGGGAAGUUCUCGUUUUUUAAGUUACACUACAAUCCGUUCACACAUUGGCAAUAGCCUACAAAGCGAUUAUUACAUGUAAAUAACCCUAACCCUAACCCCUUCACAUUCUUACAUAUUGCAACUUUAAAACUUUCUGUUGGCAGAUGUUGUUGUCUGACUGUGAAUAGUUUAUUAAUACAGAUGAGAGAUUUUAAUGUUGUAUUUUAAAUGAUUUGCUGAUCAUUUAUUAAAACAAUCACAUUUUCUGAUA